AGUGCCUCCCCGUCCCAGGCCCCAUCCCCAUCCCAGUUCCCCCCCGCGCCGGCCCUGCUCUCAGCGCCGCCUCAGCCGGGGCCGGGGCCGGGGCCGGGGCCGCGGCCGGCACCGGCGGGGAGCGGGACCGCCGCGCAUGCGCUCCGCCCUCCCGCGGGACGGCCGGGGCACUAAUUGUUGCCGGAGUUAACGAGAAAAUAAAAAGACCCGGUACGGCAGAGAGGCACCGGGUGGCCGGUCGGGGUUCCGUUUAAAUGAGUUUGGACUGCUAGAAAUCAUUACUGAAGUAGAAGCAGAAGCCGUAAAAACUCUUUCAGCCUCAGCAGUAAAUGCCAGCCCAGCCAGCUUUGUUCCUGCUGCUAUCAGCACUUCCGCUGCCUCUAGCACUGGUUUGGAAGUGCUCAGAGACGACGUGCCCUGCUCCGUUUUCCAAGCCUGUGAACAAAUGGAUUGCUCUGAGAAUGGAAAGUUUUAUACUCAAACAGGCUCCCAGCAGCACAGGGACAGUGAUACCAGAAACAUUCCAGAUGAUUGCAGAAACAGGGGAAAUAGUAGAAAUCUUAAUACCAGCAGUGGCUGUCAGGUGAAUGAGGCUGACAGACCUGUCAAACGUCUCAGGAGGAAGAGAAGACUGCUUCUGGAGUCUGAGGAUGAUGAGGAAAAUGCAGAUGAGGAUGAGGAGAAGAAUAAAUCAAAUAAUAUGAAAAGCCGCAGAAACACUAAACCAAUAAAACAAGUUGUUCCUGGAAAGAAGAAGGGAUGGAACUGGGUUUCCUACUUAGAAGAGGAACGGAUGCCAGCUGCUCCCCUAAAACUGUUCAGAGAGUAUCAGUCAUUCCCACAAGGCCGAAAUGGAUUUAAAGUUGGAAUGAAAUUGGAAGGGCUGGAUCCUGAACACCCCUCUCGAUUUUGUGUCCUCACAGUGGCUGAGGUACAAGGGUACAGAAUGCGGUUACACUUUGAUGGUUAUCCAGAGUGCUAUGACUUCUGGGUUAACGCUGAUUCCUCAGACAUCCAUCCUGUUGGCUGGUGUGAAAAAACAAGUCAUAAGCUGCUCCCUCCGAAAGGUUUCAAGGAGGGAGAAUUUAAUUGGACUUCCUAUUUGAAGAAUUGCAAAGCUCAAGCAGCUCCAAAAAACCUUUUUAAGACUCUCAGCACUCCUGUCACCCCCUCUGGUUUUCGUCUGGGAAUGAAGCUAGAGGCAGUGGACAAGAAGAAUCCAUCUCUGAUGUGUGUCGCAACCAUCACGGACAUGGUGGAUAACCGCCUGCUAAUUCAUUUCGAUAACUGGGAUGAAAGUUACGACUACUGGUGUGAAGCUAGCAGCCCAUAUAUUCGUCCUGUUGGCUACUGCCAAGAAACUGGAACCCCACUGACAACACCACCUGGAUACAAGGAUUCCAAAGCCUUCUCAUGGGAGAAGUACUUGGAAGAAACUAAUUCCCAGGCAGCCCCAGCAAGAGCAUUCAAACUGCGCCCUGCUCACGGAUUCCAAGUUAAUAUGAAGUUAGAGGCUGUAGACAGAAGAAAUCCCAUCUUGAUAAGAGUGGCAACAAUAGUUGACAAAGACGACCAUCGCAUUAAGAUACAUUUUGAUGGUUGGGACUGUAAUUAUGAUUUCUGGGUCGAUGCAGACAGCCCUGAUGUUCAUCCAGUAGGCUGGUGUGCGAAAACUGGACAUGCUUUGCAAGUCCCUCUCGGUGCUGUUGAUCGAGUGGGAACAGUGGGACAAGCGUGUCCUACUCCAGGCUGCCACGGUAUUGGUCAUGUCAGGGGACCACGAUAUGGAACGCAUUAUACGUUAGUUGGCUGCCCGUAUUCUGAUGUGAACCUCAACAGAGAAAACUUGUUACAGGACCGCCUGAGCGGGGAGAGACCUUCCCCUGGCAAUAGCAUGCAGAAAGCCAAGAGGCUGGAGACUCCUGCCCCAUUUCUGCUGGGAGCAGGAGACUCUUCUCAGGAGGACUCUCCGCAAUCCAGAAAAUCUGCACAAGACAGUGAAAAGUCGUGUCAAAGCAGUGUUCACAGUCUGUCGGAACAGUCUGAAAACAAUCAAGAGAGAGACUGGGUAGAAAAGGAUUCCUCUGCAAACAUCAAAGCCAAACCAAAAAAGCUUGGGUGCUCACAUGCCUACAUAAAGUUCCAGCUGGUGAAGCAGGAAAGCAAUGGGAAAGACCCUGAUUUGGAUCUCCAGCAGGCCCUCCACCAGUCCAUCUUCAUGCCUUCCCUGGCCUCCAGCCCGACCCACCGCCUCCAUCUCUGCUGGGAGCAGCACUGCAGGCUCUUGCCAGAAGUCUCAGGCCUCACAGCCAAACAUGUGGCCAAAUGGACUGUGGAAGAGGUGGUAAGCUUUAUCCAGCGUUUACCUGGAUGCAAAGAACAAGCAUCAGUGUUCAGGGAAGAGCAGAUAGAUGGUGAGGCCUUCCUGCUCCUGAACCAGAGCGACAUAGUUAAAAUACUCAGUAUCAAGCUGGGUCCUGCCCUGAAGAUCUACAACGCCAUUCUCAUGUUCAAGUCUGCAGAAGACAACUGAGAAGAGCCCUUUGGCAGAGCCCACGAGGAAUCGACAGGAAUAGAUCUUCAACUGAGAGCGUUACGACGCGUCCAACAGGCAGAUUAGGACUCGGAUGUAUUUUAAGUAGAAUCAUUAAAAAUAUUUUGAGGACAUAAAAAUCCUGCCACAGUCUGGAAUAUGGGGCAGCUUCACUUCCAAGAAGAGGAUAUUAUUAUAUUUUGUUACUGAAUUUGGUUUUGAUAUAUCAAUCUCUUUUUGAGAUCUAGAAGAAACCUCCGGUUAUAAGGGGAAUCCAGGGUAACAUUGGUGGAGCUGCAGUAGCACGAAGAAAGCCAUGAGUAAAAUGACUGCUGUGUCCGAUGAUAGUGCCUGAGACUGAGUUAUCACCAGCAUGUUUAAUAUAUUCUGUAUGUAUAAAAACUGAGAAAAGAGAGUAAGAAAAUAGGGAAAAGAUGCACUUCAGAGCAACUCACCUGUAUCCUUCAAUGCUGUGACUCAAGAGCUGACCUUUUUGGGACUGAUUUUUAAACUCCGGUUUCUCCUACUGAUCCUAGUUGUUCUGAUACCCUUGGCUACUGCGCUGCGUACACCACAGCAGAAAGGUAGCAUGGGCACAGGGUUUCCAUCAGUGAUGACCUGCAUCGUUUCUGGUAACGAGCAAAAUGUUCUCAUUCAUGUCACCACACAGCGGGAAGCAAGCCCUGUGUAGAUAGGCUUUGGGUAGGCAAAGAUCUCUCAUAAAGAUGUCUCCCCCAGGAGGCAAAGAUAAAUAUUCUAGCUGUAAUUCUCCCGUCAGUGCUUUUGUGCAACUGCUGUCUGGACCUGGAACGUCUUAUGGCAAAAUGGCACAAUGAGGAGCACUUGGGAAUUUGAUGGGUUCAUUCUUGUCCUCUCCAUUGGCAGCCAAAUGCUUGGAGUAUGAUUUGGAAACCCAGCAGUGGCCAGCGUAUACGUACAGAUGCAAACAGAUUUCCUAGAAACAAUUUGCUUUUAUUUUUGAACAACUGAAACUCCUGAACGCUUAGUGCUUUAGCCUUUUCAGCCUCCGGGUGGACUUUGGUCUGUUCUACCAAAGAGUUGGUGUGCGGCAGCAGCAGGGUCCCGGCUCCUCUGCCUCUCUAGUGGCAGAGCACAGAGGGAAGUUUGACUGGAGGGGAAUCGGGGUUUAAACAGACAGCGAAACGCGGUAAGAAUUACUUCUCAAAAGGGAGAGUGUCAGGGAGGAAGCAUAGCUUGUGGCUGUGUUCCUGUGCACGCAGCCUGUGCUCUCCUGGCGGGAGGGGAGCACGGGUAUUGCCUGCUCUGCUGACAGUCGGAGAGAGCAUAGUUUUAUGAACGUGCACCGAAGACUGCAGUGUCCUGGACGGGGGGAUUUCCACAUCAUUACUCCCAGAGCCAUCCUCUUACCAUGGAAGCCCUGGGAGAAGUGGUUGUGCCUGACAGUGUGCUAGCUCCUGACUCUUCCUCUGGCCACUCUCCCUGACAGAUAUUUGGCUGUUCCAGAGUUUAGCUAGAACCAUCUUAGCUAGGGAAGCAUUUUCACCCCUUCAUUCAAAGCUGCCUGUGUGCAUGAACCCCUCCGAGCACUCUAGGUGUGCGCACACAGUGUUGCCGAAGGCAGGCGGUGCCAUCAGCCUCUGCCCAGGGUUGCAUGAAUUUCUUAGGGCAUGGCAUGAUGAGAUGUGAGCCAUCCGUAGGCACCUCAGACUCCCUCCUGUACUCGUCACCUUUAUCACCAGUGUUGUUGCCUUAGUCCCAGCCCUGCAGCUUCUCCAAGAGCCGUCAGGAACUGAGAGUGAACGCGCUGUCCGUGACCAUGCGGUGUCACAAGGAACAUGCUUGGUCUUCCUCCCCUAACCACUCCUUGUCCUUUGUCCAGCCUUCCAGCUGCUGAGAAGGUCCUUGUGACUUGCCUAAAGUAAUAAGUUCCUUAAAGUUGUAAAUAGAGCAGAAUCUGCACUGCUGAAGCCGUUCAGUCCUGGAUUAAUACAAAGAGCAAUUUGUCUCCAUACUUUCUAUUUUUGUAUAAGAUGUUAAGGAGUUUAAGCCUUCAACAGAGAAGACAUAGGGGUGGUGGGAUAUUUAAUAGCUGAAACAUUAAAUAUCAGCCAGGCAACUGCAGGAGAGUAAUUUAAUGCAGUGUUAAGAACUAGACAAGAUAUGAAUUUAAUUUAUUAAAAUACAUUUUUAGUAUGAUAACGAGGAUAUUCACCAAAGAGUCACAUUCUUUUAUCCCACUCUGCACGUCCCGCGUCAGUCUAAAGACUUGAAUUGUAAGUGGCAUGUCCUGGACGCUGACACAACUCGCCUCCUAGGCAAAGCAAAAUUGUUUCCUGACAACUGGAGCAGAGGAUCUGUAGCUGAACUGGUUUGUUCCUGCCUCUCCACCGACUUGCUAAAUAACCCUGAGCUCUUCUUUGCUCCAGUUUCCCCCUCCGUGACACCCAGCCAGGUCGGGGUGAGGGCAAUUUGGCCUUGUUCUUGUUUCCAGAUUCCUGCCAGAUUUUCUGUUUUACCUCCUUCCUUUGGGAGGCUGAGUUGGGGGACAGCAGAUUGCCUCCAGCAAUAAAACAAAAUAUAAUAUUGUUUUAUCUCUUUCGCUAUAUAUAGAUAGAGGAUGAAGAGAAUCGGUGAAACAAGCAAUGAGAUUCUAGGCAUUGAAAUUAUUCAAACAGAAGAGAAAUCUUUAAUCCUAGGAGCUUCCAAGCCAGCUGGAUCAAAGACGAAAAUGUGUACUUGGAGUUUGUUCAGUGACAGCAAGAGUAGUGCUUUCUGCAAGGAGGAAGGAGGAACCCUUUUAGGGAUAGAAGGAGGAGGAAUGUGCUUCUUGUGCCUUUUUCUGUAGUCCGAUAAUUGUCUUUGCAGAGCCAGCAAGAAUGCGCACACAUAUAUUACUGACUCCUUUUCCAAAUAUAGCUAUAUUCUAAUAAAAUCAAGCAACUUCACAAUAACGCCAGGGCAAAAAGAUUGCCAGUGUUCUUCACUGGCCGCGUUUGAAAUUCCCUAAUAUUUACAAGACAGAAAAAACCCUAAACCGGCUCAUCUUUUACCCCUGUCACUUAGGAAUUCAUUGGCCACUGAUGCCGUUCCGCUCGCCUCGGGGAGCCCCGCUUUCCCGUGGGCCUCGGGGAGUCGUUUCUGCUGCCGCAUUCUGCCUGCGCGGACCCAGCUCUGCCUCUUCCCCGGCCCGCUCGAGGCCCUCGUCGAGGCGAGGGGGCUGCGGAUGCCUUUGAUUCUCUAAUGCCUUGUUGUCUAAUUUGAAACAUGCACUUUGAAGCAGAAAGCCAAAAGUUGUAGCUCUGUGGUGAAGGAAGAUGAAACUGUUUAAUGCCACCUGGAUUUUGGAGGCUGGCGUUGUCUGCUAAAUGUCAGCAGAAACCAGCGGUUGGCCCCACUGAACCCAGUAGUCGCUUAGAAAUAUAAAUAUAUUCCUUAGAAGCAAGCCGGAGCUGUGACAACUUCCCGUGGGCCGGCAGUGCAAUUGGGAAGUUUCAGUUCUCAAUUAAAACGGAUCUUAUUCCCGGAUAUGUUUUUGUGCCUGUUACCCCUGCUUUUGAAAUCCAAAGCAAUCAAAUUUUUCUCUUUUUUUUUUUCCCUCGGUAGAGACUCCUGUUCAGAUUUUUCCGUGCCAUCACCAACGAUCAUCCUUGUAAUGCGGGAGCAGCAAAUUUCUGCUCUGGGUAAUGAAUCGCAUUAGAGUUGGAGGGAAACGUCUCCCCAACGCUGAUAGCAAAACUCUACAACCAAAGGGGAAAAAAAAAAAAAAAAAAACAAAAAACCCCAACAUUCAGCCCAAGGGAUAAGCUAGUUCAGCUGUAGAAGAUUUCCUGCCUGCUACUUUCAUGCCCUGCUUAGGGAUUUAUACCACAGAAAGCUUUAAAGUUUUUGACAUCCUCUCCGUCAUGUGAUGAGCUAGCUUAUUUUUGAAAUUCCUCUUGACUUGAACUGGAAACACGUGCCGGGGAAGGGAGCGUGCGCCCCUGGGCUCGCUUCAGCCUCCCAAAUGUUUGCCUCUUUUAAACCAAACAAAUACUUGAGCUUUUUUGACACUAGCCAUGACGUUGCACUCCACUGAUGCUUUCUUCUGGAAAUGUGAAUAAAAUUAAUAUAAAG